CUCUCUGUGAACACGUCUGCAGUGCAAAAAGCGACAAUAUGCUGUUCUGUGUGGUUCUUGCGCUCGCUGCCUUCAGCGUGGCGGUGGCAGAGGAGCCGAUGGAUCUCACCAGGGUGCAGAGAGGCGCUCUGUACAUUCGGCUACCGGCACCGUAUUCGACGGCUCCAACUCAGUGUUAUGACCCGCAAAUUGACGAAUACUUCAACGAGGGGGACGUCUGGUCGUCCUCCUACUCGGGCUGCAAGCUGAGCACCUGUGUCGACAUCAACGGCAUCCUCAACGUCGAGAGAUACUCGUGCCCGCUGGUGAGCAAGGGUGUCGACUUCAAGCGGCUGAAGAAGGAGAACUACUACUGUCGCCAGGCCUGGGGCAACCGGAACAAGCAGUUCCCCUCCUGCUGCCCCAGUCUCCAGUGCAAAUACUACGUCAAGGGAAAGCUGAUGCCGCUGCCCAAGCACAUGUACCCCCUGCUCUGAGCCUUAUUCAUAAAGACUGCACCGCUAAUCAAUAGUCAGAUUGGCAGAAAAGUCGUGUAACUGUAUCGAGCUUCCUAAAUGACCUGACCUGUAGUGUAAGUUAUUUGAGUGAAGUGUAACGGCGUCGUAAAGCGACGCUCGGUUUGUCAAAUGGUGCUGGAAUGGCAAUCCCCGUAUUACUGUUUCUCAAUGCAAUGUGUGCUUGUGAGUUUGUGUAUUUGAGCUUCGUUUGAUUGUGUCACUUGUGGAAUGUUUUUUUAUAUAAAUACACAUAAAGAAAAUAA